CCUACUUCAAAACCUAUGUACUUCGUGGUAUGAACUCAAAAUAUUGUUCGGGCUAAUCAUUACCCAAAAUAUUAUUUCGUUGUCACUGCUGGCUGUAAGGCAGUUGCUAGCUUUUAGCACCGUAUAAAAUGUCUCAACGGACCGCUGAAGCCACUCUCCAAGCUCAUACCUUACUUCAUGAAUGGGUGAGCCAACAGGGUGGCAGGCUGGAUGAUCGUGUGCAAUUCGCUCGCGAUGAUGAACGCGGGGUACACAUUCAGGUCAAGCCCGACCAAACAUCCAGCAUGCCGUCAAAAACAUGUGUCAUCAAAAUUCCGGUGGAGCUGACAAUGUCCUAUUUCAAUGCGAUUGAUUAUGAAAUUCCAACAAAAGGCGGGGACGGUAGUGACGAAAAGACGUCUCCAUUCUCGAGCCAUGGUGUUGUGUUCCCGAAACAAUUCAUUACUAGCAUUGGAUCGGAAGAAACGACGGCGUUCUUCUUGAUGGGGCAGUAUCUCAAAGGUCACAAUAGUUUUUGGUAUCCAUAUAUACACUCAUUGCCACGCCCAGAUGAAUUGACGACACCGUUGUUCUAUUCGGGUGAGGAUCUUGCAUGGCUGAAUUUGACUAGUCUUGCGGCGGCGCGAGAACACAGGAUGCAGAUCUGGAAAGCGAGAUAUGAGAAAGGUUAUCGUCUACUACAAGAAUUGAAAUUUGAGAGGGGGAUUGACUAUUCCUGGGAAUUAUAUCUAUGGGCGUCGACAAUCAUCUCUUCAAGAGCAUUUACAGCCAAAGUCUUAGCAGGCGUUAUUCCCAUGGAGGAGCUUUCGGAAGACAAGGUCUCCGUCCUUCUGCCUAUGAUUGAUGCAACCAACCAUCGACCUCUUGCCAAAGUCGAAUGGCAAGCUGGGAAAGAUAGUCUUGGGUUAGCUGUGAUGGAAGAUGUCAGUCCUGGCGUUGAAGUAGGAAAUAACUACGGUCCUCGAAACAAUGAGCAAUUGAUGAUGAAUUAUGGCUUCUGCAUUCCCAACAAUCCAUUUGAAUACCGCAACGUUAAUUUACGCGCUCCACCUGGCAGUCCUCUUGCCCAGGUAAAGACCGAACACAAACAGCACUUUCCAGGCUUCGGUAAUAGAGAUAAAGAGCAGGAAGACAAAUAUUACGUGUUUUCCAUUUCAUAUCACCACACUGGUACUCCUCAGCCUCUGGAGUUGUCGGUCUUCUCGGCUGAUCUACUAAAUGCACUCUCAAUCAUAGUAGCCAAUGACCGAGAGCUAGAAUGCAUCGAGUUAGCUGAAAGCGGCUUUCGAAUUCCUUGGGAGCAAUAUGCAAAUUCAAGGAACCUCAUUGCGGCUCUAAAUCAAAUUAUUAUUGAGCUCUUAUCGUAUGUCCAGAGGCUUGAAGUUUCGGGACGUCAGCUGGGAGAGCCUAAAACCCUGCAACAAGGCUUCGUGAAAAAGUAUCGAGAUAGCCAGAUUCAGCUCUCGCGCGCUGCUGCAUUUGUGGCGAACUGGACUAUCUUGAGCUCGCGGGGCAGACUUGAGAGAGAUGACAGUAACGACCGUGAGAGGCUUGUUGAUCAGCUGCUUUCACGUAUGCCGAACGAGGUCUUCGACCAGAAUACAGCAGAGCAGAUCAAGGCGAGGAUACUCACAAGAAACUCUCUCCUUCCAGACAAAAGCAAAAGCGGCGAGGUUUUCCACUUUGAAAGGCUAUUUCACCUUCUCCCCACAAAUAUCCAGAAACCUUGUCGAGACUGUCUCGAUGCAAUCAUCUCGUUUGCUAGGCGCGCAAUCGUAAUCAACGACGAAACUGGGGGCGAUCGGGACGACACAAACAAUGGACCACUCGUGUUAUUGGCCUAUUCUUUAUUUAUAUGUUUCAUUGUUGCGGUUCAUCGACAAAACUCGUCUCAGUUGUCUCCUCGGCUACAAUACUGGUGCAAUUUCCUGCUUCGCAGGUACACCACCCCACGGAAUGAUGUGGCCUGGACACUUCCUGAUGAAAAUGACGAGACAAUUCUGUCUGCUUUUGACUCGCUAAUGGAUGAACAUGUUUCCCAUGACACGCUUUCCAGCGUAUCGACUAUGGUGGGUGUUGCGCCACCAUCAGGCAAUCGAGGAGUUGACGAGUGGUGGCUCUCCCCCAAUUGGGUCCGUUGGGCGUGGCUGGUGUUAGAGCAGGAGAUGAUCAUGAACAUAGUGGAUGAGCCGUUAGAGCAUAUGGUAGAGGUGGAGAGGAAGAUGAAGAUGGUAAAUCUCUUGUAUAUUCCAAGGGAAUAGAGUACUGCGGCAGUUGAAAACAAGAAACGUAUACAUAACUAUAAUCUGGGGCUAGCCAGAUGUCAUUUUUACAAUUGUAGGUCGGAGAUUCUUGACCAUUGAAUAAUAU